CACAAAGAAAAAGAAAGCCUGAUUGAUUAGCUAAAAGCCUUCCCAUCAAAAAAACAAAACAAAAAAAGCUAAAAGCCUAAAACCCAGAUAACCCAAUCGGGCUAAACUCAAAACCUAUCGCCUUCUUCUCUUCAAUUCGCCAUUUUUGCUCUGGAAAAUUGCUCUUUAACUUGUUUGCUGUGUAAUCUUGAUGGAUUGCUGACAUUGUUGCAAGGUGAACCCUUUAGUUUCUUCGCUGCUUUGGGGAUAAUUUAUAGAAUUGGGAAGAGGUUGUGAAAAUGAGAGGAAGAAUUGGGUUGUUUAUAAACCCUAGUGGUAUAGGAAGCACAACAAUUGGGAGGACAAGUAAACUUGUUUCUUGUUCUGCCUUUUCCUCUUCUGCUGGGGACGGCUCGGGAGGAGGUCGAGGCCGUGGCCGGGGUGUCUCUGGUUCGCCUGCAUUUAACUUUGUGGCUGGAAAGGCUGAUUUAAAAGAGGGAUUGGAAGAUCCUGACAAUUCGUCGCCUAGUGCUGGACAUGGACAUGGCCAUGGAAGGGGUACACCCCUACCUUCCUCCCCAUUUAGUCCUUCGUAUAAUGCCUUUGUCGCGCCCAACCAACCACCACGGCAACCAGGAUCAAGUCUUGGUAGAGGUGGUACAGUUCAACAGCCCUUUGAGGGAGGAAAUGAACUGGGAUCACAACCUAAGAGGCCCAUAUUUCUUAAGACGGAUGAAUUUACAGGCACUAGCUCUGAAGCUGAUUCAGUUGCUUCUGAACCUCGUCGCCCUAUUGGAGAAAAGAAUCUUCCUGAAAAUAUUUUGAAUGUAAUGUCAGGAACAGGGAGGGGAAUCCCUGAUAGAAAACUGGUAGUUGAAAAUAGAGUUAAGGAACAGAAUAGGCAUAUCAAGCCAAAGCAAGUUGGUGCUCCUUCCACUGGGACUGGAAGAGGGGUAGAUAGAGUUGAGAAAGGUGAUAAAGGCUCUGCAGUUUCGAGGUCUAAGAUAAGCCGUGAGGAGGCAACAAAGAAGGCAGUUGGGAUCUUAACCAAGGGUGAUGAUGGAAGGGAGGCCGGAGGUGCUGGGAGAGGAGGUGGUCAGAGGCGAAGGGGUGGAAGAUCAAAAGAUGACUCGGAUGAUGAGGCAGACAAGGAUGAUGAAGAUAAGCUUUUCAUGGGUGACGAUGCAGAUGGUGAGAGGUUAGCCAAGGAGCUUGGACCUAGCAGAAUGGCUGAACUGACAGAGGCAUUCGAAGAUAUGAGUACUGAUGUCUUGCCUGAUCCUGUGGAGGAGGAGUAUCUUGAGGCAUAUGAUACCAAUCUUAAGAUCGAAUUCGAGCCUGAAUACUUGAUGGGAGAUUUCGAGACAAAUCCUGAUAUUAACGAGAACACACCUAUUCCUCUCCAUGAAGCUCUUCAGAAAAUGAAGCCAUUCUUGAUGGCUUAUGAGGGAAUAGAGAAUCAAGAAGAGUGGGAGGAAGUUCUGAAGGAAACAAUGGAGAGGGUACCACUUUUGAAAGAGAUUGUGGAUCACUAUUGCGGGCCUGAUAGGGUAACUGCAAAGCAGCAACAUGAGGAGUUGGAAAGAGUUGCAAAAACUCUUCCUACUAGUGUACCUGAUUCUAUGAAGCACUUCACUGACCGUGCUGUUCUCUCACUCCAGAGCAACCCAGGCUGGGGAUUUCAUCGAAAAUGCCAGUUUAUGGAUAAGCUUGUUGCUGAGAGUUUCAAGUCCUACAAGUGAGCAGAUUGCUGAGGCUUAGUUUACGGUUUGUAUUCUUCAACAAAGAUCAUGUUCAGAAUAUAGGAACUUUUUUCCAAAAAGGAAGAUUAGUUUUUUAAUAAACCUCUUUCCAUUGACAGCUAGAGGGAUUUUUUUGGUGUCAGCAUGGCUGUUUUUCUGAUGAAAUUUUCAUAAAUUUUCGUAUUUAAUCAUUCUUCUAGCUCUUUCUAGUAGCGUUAAAAGUCUUUGUAGUUCUUUUCGAAUAUAGAACUAUAGAAUUGGAGUACAAUGUACUACCUUUUUUGUUUA